GGAAAAUGAGAAAAGCUUCAUUGAUCUGAUCCACUGCAUUGAAGAAGCUCAGAAGAACUUGUUUGAGAGGAUCAGAGAACAAGAGAAGAGAGAAAUAGAGAAGGCUGAAAGAGUCAUGGAACAACUAGAGAAGGAGAUUGAGGAGCUGAAGAAGAGAGACACUGAGCUGAAGGAGCUUUUUGACAACAAGGAUCACGUCCACUUCAUGCAGACUUUCUCAUCUCGCUGUGUCCUUCCUGCUGAUGGAGACUCGCUCAGCUUCACUGUCACUGCUGAUUUCUCUUCUGAGGACCUGAGAAAUGAGCUGUCAUGUCUGAAAAAGAGUUUGGAGAAGAUCAGCCAGUGGGACAUCAAGACAUCGACUUCAUCAGGAAAAAAACUCUUAGAGGAGAUUGACACCAGAAACGAGCCACCUGUCCUUGACCCUCAUAUUAAAGACCUCCAUGAGACACUCAGACAAGCUGUGUCUGAAUUCACAAGAACUCUGGGGACUCAGGCUUCUCCUGGAGAUGUACAUACCACAGCUGUGGGCUUUGAGACUCGAUACACAGAGUUGGUGGCCAUUGAACAGGACCCAAGAAACCAUAAGGAGACUGAUCAUGAACUUAUGAAAACUGGAAGGAUCCAUGAAGAGCUCAUGAAGAAAGGAGAAGCAGAGAAAUGUGAGAGAAUCAGGAUUGAGCAGCUGUUUAGGAAAAGUCCUGUAAGUGUAAAUCCAGUCAACAUCAUAGUGGUCAGUGGGAUGGUGGGAAUAGGGAAGACCACCAUGGUUCAGAAGAUCAUGUAUGACUGGGCCAGAGGCACUCAGUACCAGAGGUUUGCAUUUGUGUUCCUGUUUAAAUUCAGAGAGCUUAACCUCUUAGACAAUGAGAAUGAGACACAAAUGUCACUGACCAAACUGAUUGAAAGGCACUAUAAAUAUCUCAGUAAUGAUCCACUGAAAGAUGUUCUGAAGAAUCCUGAAACUCUCCUGUUUAUAUUCGAUGGAUUGGAUGAGUACAAACACAAACUGGAUGUGACACAGAGUCAGCUUUGCUCAGACCCAGACGUUGAGGUGCCUGUCCACAUCCUGGUCACCAGUCUGGUCAGUCGGACAUUAUUGAAGGGCUGUUCAGUCCUGAUAACAAGCAGACCAACAGCCCUGGAAGCCAUGGACAUGGAAAGAGUCGAUCAGUUUGUAGAGAUCCUGGGGUUUUUCCCUGAACAAAGGCUGAUGUACUGUAAGAAGUUCUUUGGUGACACUGCUCUGGCUGCUGAGGCUUUUCAGUAUAUCGAGGAGAACACCAUCUUGUACACCAUGUGCUUCAAUCCAUCAUACUGCUGGAUGAUCUGCUCUGCACUGAAGAGCCACUUCAUGACACCUGAAAAAGUAAAAAAUGAAGCUCUGCAAGUAGGUCAGUGGCUCUGUGAGGCUCAGAAUAAGGAGUUAAUUAGAGACACCAUUGGAGAGGAUUUAAAGAUGAACUUUAGAAAGAUGACUUUAUCUGCUGUGGACUGUGCUGUGCUGGCCGCUGUCAUCAGUUGCUGUGGAGAGCUUGAAGAACUUGACCUGUCAGGCACACCUCUGACCCCUGAGAGCAUCAAGAGACUGGAGUCGGGGCUCAGCUGCUGCAGUGCAGUUCGGUUGUGGUCUUGUGGUCUCACCUCGGCCUGCUGCUCAGCUCUCUCCUCGGUCCUCUCGUCUCCAAACUCACGGCUGACAUAUCUGGACCUGACUGACAACAAGCUGGGAGAUCCAGGGGCUCAUCAGCUGAGUGAGGGGCUCAGGAGUGACAACUGUAAAUUAAAGAAACUGGAGUUGGUCUCUUGUGGUCUCACCUCGGCCUGCUGCUCAGCUCUCUCCUCGGUCCUCUCGUCUCCAAACUCACGGCUGACAUAUCUGAACCUGGACAAGAACAACCUGGGAGAUUCAGGGGCUCGUCAGCUGAAUGAGGGGCUCAGGAGUGACAACUGUAAAUUGAAGACACUGGAGUUGAUCUCUUGUGGUCUCACCUCGACCUGCUGUUCAGCUCUCUCCUCAGUCCUCUCAUCGCCAAACUCACGGCUGACAUAUCUGUGGCUGAACAGCAACAACCUGGGAGAUUCAGGGGCUCAUCAGCUGAGUGAGGGUCUCAGGAGUGACAACUGUAAAUUAAAGGCACUGGUGUUGAUCUCUUGUGGUCUCACCUCGGCCUGCUGCUCAGCUCUCUCCUCGGUCCUCUCAUCUCCAAACUCACGGCUGACAUAUCUGAUACUGUACGACAACAACCUGGGAGAUUCAGGGGCUCGUCAGCUGAGUGAGGGUCUCAGGAGUGACAACUGUAAAUUGAAGACACUGGAGUUGGACUUUUGUGGUCUCACCUCGGCCUGCUGCUCAGCUCUCUCCUCGGUCCUCUCGUCUCCAAAUUCACGGCUGACUGAACUGUGGCUGAGCGAAAACAACCUGGGAGAUUCAGGGGCUUGUCAGCUGAGUGAGGGGCUCAGGAGUGACAACUGUAAAUUAGAGAGACUGGGGCUGUCUGAUAACGGGAUCAGUGAGAGUGAGAAGAGGAACCUGAGGUCACUACAGGGGGAGCUGGGAAGGUCUGGACAACAGCUGACUAUCAGUACAUGAGAAGACCAGCAGUGGUGAUCAGACUGACCCCCUAUCAGUUACGGAGCCCCCCGUCCACUCUCCCCUAAAUUCUCCUCUUUCUUGUUUUUCUUCUCCUCUCUGCUCUGCUCCUCAUUUAAUAAACUCUCCGUGUCCCCUCAGCCUGUGUGCUCCUCCUUUAACGUAAUUUUUAUUUUUAACAACUUGAGACCCUCAACUGGUGACAAAACUAAAGCAGACUUGGACCUGCAGACCAGCCGAGUUUCACCACUAGAGGCAGUAAAGCAUUGGGGGUCAUCCUGUAAAAAGCCCCCCAAGAAGGAGCAAAGAGAAGUGGACAGUCCAGCUGUGGGGUGACAGGGGGCCUGAGGCUGUAGUGACACUGGGGACGAGGCUGAGACAAACCCUGGACAGGACGCUGGUCCACCACAGGACGCCAUCAGCGCUCGUCUCCAUCGUCACUCGGUGUCAUUUGAACCCGUGUCUGCUCCGUGUCCCACAAGUCCUGUCUGCACAUCUGCUGAUUGUCCUUUGGUGACACUUUAACUCCCACGAGGCUCAGUUUUGAUUUUGAUUUUCUUUUUUAUUCCGUCGUCUUCACUUCACCGUCCCCUCCAGUCGUGUCCUCGUAGUGAGCAGCGGCCUGAACAAGUGAGUGGUUUAAAAAUAAAGAAAAGAAAAGACGAGGAGAACAUGGAGGAGUGUGGAGAUGGGAUGGACUGGCGCCGUCCAGGGUGGGGUUCUGACUUGAUGUGGACAGAUGGCCACUGAGGGACCACCACCUGAACUGGACUGAGGGGGCUUAGAAAAUGGAUGGACAAAUAAUGGGGAAUAAACUGAACUGGGAAUUAAGAAAGAAACUGGGAAAUAAAAUAAGAGUGCGAGUGGGAUGAGGGUCUAAAGGAAACAAGUGGGGGACCCCAGCCUGAGGGUGGGCUUCUAUAGGACAGCUGGGU